UUUUCAUCUAUAGUUUCAUUGAUGUUAUUUUGUUUAAAAUCAUUCACUGGCAUAGCCACUCCUUCAAGAUGGCGAGACUUGAAGAUAUUAGAGACGAACUGUAUCGCCAGUUGAGCCCUGUAGCUGCUGAUUGGAAAGUAUUUGGAGUUCAGUUAGGACUGGAACUGGCGGAGCUCAAGAAAUUGGAGGAGACAUCAAAUAAAACAUCACAAGCUUGUUUCCAGGAAAUGCUGAGCUACUGGAUGGAAAAUGAUGGACCACAUAAGUGGAAAGAAAUUUUUGAAUCACUUGGGUGUAUACAUGAAACUGGCCUUGCUAAAAAGCUGCGUGGUUGUUUUGCAGCAGAAGCUCAAGUUGAAUUAGAUCUUGUUGAUUUGACCAGAGAACUGUCUAAAGUAGAAUACUGUUGGUCACGUUUUGGAACAUUUUUAAGAGUUCCUAGACACAAGCUGAAAUCAAUAGAAGGGAAAAAGUCAAAUGAAGAAUACUUGCACGAUGUUAUUGAUAUGUGGUGUGACAAGUGUGAAUGUGAUUACAUUAAUCUAGAUAGACUGGAAGACGUUUAUUCUGCUCUGGAGCAUAUUUCUCAGAGUAGGCGAGCAAGGGAGCUAAAAGCUUACUUUACUGCUGGUCGUAAUCAACCUCCGAGACGUUUGGUGGCAACUGAUGAUAAUAACACAGAUAAUACUAUUAACGAAGAAGAUGAACUGAGUAGAAGAUUAGAAGAUGUAAAUUUAAAUAAUGAAGAAAUGCCACUUCCCGUAGAGGAAACAUGUGAGGGAAAAACUGAAACUAGUGCCUUUGCUAAGACUAGUGACAUUUAUCAAGAACCAAUAGACGAAUCAUAAUUUUAAUUAUCAAUAUUUAUGUUUUGUAACUUUUGUUAUAAUAGGUAAUUUUAUACUGUA